GGCAGACAUUCGAGGUAAUUCUUGAUUAGAAUCAAGAUUAGAAUCAUGAAAUCACGCAAUUUGUAAAUUUUUCCCUGGUUAAAUGUCUUAUUUUUCUGUUAUUCCUGGUGACAUAAAGUUCGCAUACUGUCCUCAGUGAUGUCCUCGAGUAGUGAUGCUGAAGAAUUUUAUGAUGCAGAAGACACUCUUAGGAGCUCCAGAGAAAUUGUGUCAUCUUUCAGUUCAGCUAAGAGUGAACCAGACUUGAGCACGCUAGCAAAACAGAGCACGGAAGAAGACCAAGAUGUUUUCACAUCAAGUACCUCUGGUGGCUUCACAAAACAGCAAUCCUCAAGCAAAAUUGUGCAAGAGGCGAACAAAGUUGAAGAACUUAAGGAUGUCAGCGAACGGAGACGUUUUCGGGAGCUGCGGCAACGUAUGCAAAUGGAUGAGGAGGAGGUCGGCGGAUCUCCGUCCGACAGUCAAGCAUCAUCAGUUGAAGGUGUCUACACUAGCCAAGCAACAAAAACUUGUCACCCUUUUAGGGUGAUCGAACAUGAUGCUCUCUCUCUCCAUAGUAUGACCUCUCUUGGUCGUGUUGGUCGUAUUCUUAGUGGAACUUUUGAACAAGUGCCUCCUGCCUCUAUGUCAGAUCUCCCCCGCUCAUGCAACAGUUCAACAAGCACGCUACGCAGCCUCUCCACUCAAACACUACGAGAAGAUGCGGCCACUUCGUCUUCCUCGUCACCAACUACCAACACGCCAGUGUGUGAAGAGAAGCCACCGGUUCCUGAAGAGGAGCCUCCGCCAUCUCAACCAACUCCAGCAAACACGUUUCAAGAACCAGAUGUCAUAGCUAGCACCAAAAGCUCUAAUAAUAAUACUCCUAUACCUGCUCCCCAGGCAAUGGCCACAUCCAAUAUGGUACCAGUGGCGCCACCGCGGCGCAAGAAAAAGAACAAAGCGCAGGUCCCUACGACCCUUCCUCUUGCCACUGAUGGUAGUACAAUACCCAGUAAAAAGAAAACUGAGACUAAUGUUACGUACUCUGAACAAUCAUCCCUACCAAGUCCAGCAAGCACUAUUGAAUCGCUCACUCGCGAAUUCGAACAUUCUCUAGAUAUUCAGUCUGCGACUAAAGGGAAUUCUUUUGUAAAAACACAGGAGCAUUUACCAGCAAUGAGUCAUGCGGGAUACUCGCCAAGAGCUAGUAAAACUGAGAGUAACAAUAAAAGCCCUUCAAGCCACAAGAACAUGAGUCAUACGCUGCCUUUGCACAUGUUAACCAGCAGCGUUUCGAGCAUGUCACGAAAUUCCAGCACAUACCCAUUGGGCUCUGUCAGCAGUACAAAUGUUGCCGGAACUAGAGGUGGCCUCGGAUUGAGGUUAGGACUUAGCCCACGCACGUCUAGAGAAAGAAGACGCUCAGCAGGAGACGAACAGGGCUUACCUCAUCAGCUGAACAUGUUUGUCCGAACAAGGACAGAUUCUGGGAAGCAGUUAACUGAUAAGGAAAUCUUGGAGCAAGUCACCGUGCUCAAUCUUGACACUGGGGAGCGAGUUCCGCUCAGCAUCGCUGAAGAUAAACUACCGCAGUGCAUCAACCCUCUGUCUCUGCACAUCAUGAAACUAACCUCUAAGUUUACCAGCAACACCAGCUUGGAGAAAGAGAGGGAGUCAGAUGAAGAAAGCAUUGAUAGUAAACAGUCCAUCCCCGUCCAAGAAGAAGACCAAGACAUAGGUCGAGUCAAAAAACGAACGGCACAAAUUAAGCAUUUCAUCGGUUCGACCAUGAAGAAAACGGUGAUUAAAGCCAUCAAAGGUGCCAACAUUCGACACAAAGAAGAUAUCAUGGAUAUUGUUGAUGAACAAGGGGGUGAAAGACCACCAGCAGAACAGAUUAAACUACGUGCCUCAAGUAGUCAUAAGGGACCUUAUGAUUUUGAAACUGUCAAGCAUCUUCAGGAAUUGAGCGGUGAACACACAGGCCCUGUUUGGUGCAUGAAGUUCUCAACCUGCGGUCGACUUCUAGCAACAACUGGUCAAGAUCGUAUCCUGCGAAUUUGGGUAGUCAGGAGUGCUUAUUCUUACUUUUUAGAGAUGCGGACCAAAUACAACGCAGAAAAGGUAUCUCCAACGCCCUCACAAGAGUCACUUGUAUCACAGCAAUCAGUCGAGGAUCCUAUGCUCCUCCUUGGUGACUCGGCAAUGAAUGACCGAUCACCAUUUAUGCCACGACCAUUCUGUGUUUACUCUGGCCAUACCUCUGACUUGUUAGACGUAUCCUGGUCGAAAAAUUACUUUAUUUUGUCUUCCUCCAUGGAUAAAACUGUAAGGUUGUGGCACAUUUCACGUAAAGAAUGCCUCUGUUGCUUCCAGCAUAUAGACUUUGUAACUGCGAUUUGUUUCCAUCCGAGAGAUGAUAGGUAUUUCCUCUCAGGAUCGCUGGACGGAAAAUUGCGGCUUUGGAACAUUCCUGACAAGAAAGUUGCUGUUUGGAACGAAGUUGAGGGUCAAACAAAAUUAAUAACAGCUGCAAACUUCUGCCAGAAUGGAAAAUUUGCGGUGGUUGGAUCGUAUGAUGGGAGAUGUAUAUUCUACAACGCAGAUCAGUUGAAGUAUCACACGCAAAUCCAUGUACGAUCAACUCGAGGUAAGAACUCUACUGGACGGAAAAUCAGCGGCAUCGAACCAAUGCCUGGAGAAGAUAAAAUCCUAGUUACAUCAAAUGACAGCCGCAUUCGUUUGUACGAUUUGCGCGACUUGAAUUUAUCAUGCAAGUACAAAGGCUAUGUCAAUGUCAGCAGCCAAAUUAAAGCCAGUUUCAGCCAUGAUGGAAAGUACAUCGUCUCUGGCUCAGAAAAUCAAUGUAUUUACAUUUGGAAGACCCACCAUGACUACUCAAAGUUCACCUCUGUUAGGCGUGAUCGCAAUGACUUCUGGGAAGGCAUCAAAGCUCACAAUGCUGUCGUAACGUGCGCAAUUUUCGCUCCUAAUCCUGAGAUCAUCAUCAAGCAAUUAGAAGACACUGCAGAAGACCCAAAACCUGGGAAAGUUGAGGAUCCGCUAGUGGCUCAACACACCAAAGGGUGCAGCGGUUAUGUCUUGGUAAGCGCUGACUUCAAUGGCUGCAUUCGAGUCUUCAUGAACAAAACGAAGCCAAAGCAUAGUUCAUUGCCCGCCUCAGCGCUAGCGUAACUGUAAGUGUUGAGAGAAGUUUUUCACUUGCUCCGAGUUCAUCAAUUGAGGAGUACACUGCAUUCUGGUUGCCUUUAAAUAUUCUUAUUUUUACAAGGAGUCCUUGUCAAAGUGUCCAAAGGGUUUCCUCUUUUCAUUUUGUUGGAAAAUAUUUAAAUAAAAAAUUACUCAUGGCAUUUGGUGCAGGUGAUUUGCCAAAUUUUGUCCACUAAUCUUCAAAAUCAAUGAUAAAUUUAAAACAAAAAUUGUGAGACCAACUUCCUCUUUGCAGAAUGCUCCUCUCUUGAGAAUAGCUUUAGCUAUUUAAUUAUUUUUCUGAAGCAGCAGGAUCUAGUUGGUUAACUUAAUCCCCCUAAAGCGUGGUCAAACGGCUGGCUAGGCCGCUCAAUCAGCUUCAUUAGGACAUAUUUCUGCCAAACGGAACCAUGUCCAUUAUGACGUGAGCCCUGUCAUGCAUAUAUUCUUAUGGGUCUCAGAGUUCAUGUUUUAAUACGUACAAUUCCGUUUGGCAGAAAUACGUUCAUUAGAUCAGUGCUAUCAGUGUCAGCUGCAUGAGGCAAUUCGAGGAAACAAUUACAUGCUUGCCAAGAAGCUUGUCAAGCAGCUUGCCGGCCUGUCUAAACGCAGCUUUAAGUGCAAGGAUGAUGAGAAAGAAUGAGUUUCAUCAGUUUCUUCAAUAUGAUUUCAAAUUUAUGAUCAAAAUUAAUGAAGAAAUAUUUAUGUUGGUGUCCAUCCCAUGCGGCUUUUUAUAUCAUUCAACGACUGAUAAGAGCAAUUUUUGAGGAUUCAUGAUGACAAAGAAGAGAUAAGGAGAAGGAACUUCCGCGAAGAUUAUUUUUCAAAGUUACAGUGUACGAAAUCAAAGCAUAAAAUUUGAUGCGUAUCUGGAAGAAAAUAUCUUAGAGAAGUUUAAAAUAUAUUUGCAACAGUAUGUAAGGCUGUACAAUAAAUCAAUACAAUUUGAAAGUAUUUAAAACAUAAUUUCUAGGCUUUUGCUGAAAGAUCAUCAUCAGCUAAAUAAGCACGAAUUAAAAAGUAUUUAACCAAUCUGAGAUUGUUACUUUUCCUGAUCAUCAUCUUUUUCAUCACCUCCUCAUCACCGGCCCAGCAUUUUUUGGCUCCCUUACCAUCCACAGGAAUCUCUGUAAUCACCUCAAGUGAAAUUCAAUGCUUACUAUGCUUUAAAUAUGAGCUAUGAGCUUCUCGAGCUAGUAAAAACUUCAAUAUUUUUAAUUUAUUAUUAGCGUAUGAAAAUCUGUGAUCAGUUGUGAAUAAUUUUACAACGUCUUAUAGUGAAGUUUAUCAAUUGUUAAAACAUUUCUCUUUGAAACAAGCAAUUUUUGUCUAGAUUCUAAGCAGUGUUGUCGACCGCUGAAAAUAAUCUGAAAUUGGCAAGCAACCUCUUUUGGACAAAAUUCUAAUUAUUUUCAAGAUAGCAACAUUGGUUCUAGGCCUUUAGGUCCUUUUCAAUUGUAUCCCAACUAAUUUAUUCUUGUUUUAUAUCUUUUACCAGUUAUCGGUUCUUUUGAACUAUAAGCAGCUUAAAAAUGGUUGUUCGGCAGAAAUUCUGCUCAAGUUCCGUUUUUAAAGAAAGAAUUCAGGUUAUCUGUGCAUUUAAACCUGAAAUUUAAAUGGAGUGUAGUUGGAUAAUUUUUUAACUUGUUGAUACUUGUAAGCUUUUGUUAUUUUUUAAAAAUUGGCCAAGAUCUCUUGUGGUCAAUGCUUUUUCAUCUUUUAGAUAUAUUAGGGAGUUACUGUCGCUAAGUCUUGUCAUUAAUUUUUAACAAUAAACCUAGUAUUUGUGCAGUCUCGUUACCAAGCAAAAAUACUUGAGAAUGGGAUCUGAUGAUGUGAAAAAGAUAAUUAUUAAGGUCGCGGCUUAUCAUGAUCAUGAAGGAGUCAUUGUAAUAUUGUUGGUCCUUGCAUCAUACAAAAAAUAGAGGCAAUCAUUUAUAAUAGCAGGUUCCAAGUAGAAGUUGUUCAUGUGAGUGUCUUGAAUACCCUUCAAAAACUCUUCAUUUAUUCAUGGCAGAGACCUCUUCCCGGUGUUGGGGACUUGAGGAUCAAGAAUCAAAGCCAAAAAAAUGUCAGCAUGUGACCAAUCAGUUUGAUUCUUUUCAGCUAAUACGUUUUCAGCUGAUUGUCAAUUUUCAAUUAGAGUUCUUUUUAAGAACUUUCUUGAAAACUUGAAAAUUUAGGAAACCAAGAGAGAAAAAUAUUUCUGUGAUGAGACUGGGUAAAAAUUUCAGACAACUAAUUUCUACACAUGGACCCCUGUUCAUUUUUAGCUUUUUGCCCCAUUAUUGCGCCAGUUUUUUUCAUCUGCAAGAUGAUCAUUAACACUUUAUCAAUUAAAUCUGAUUCACUUUAUCUUGCGCUGUGAUUUUUGACUCAAGUUGAUGUUAUUUUGCUUAUUUUUAUGAUAUCCCUGUUAUCUCAAUUUUUAAUGAAAAGUCAUAAAGAAUGUUUUGACUCCUUUAUCUCAGCUAUCUGGUUCCGCAUUAUUUUAAUAAUUUUCUAUCAAAUCAAACUCUGCCGCUGUACAAAGAAUAUCUAUCUACAAACCGAAUGAUCGAGCUUAUUUUUUUGCAUAGGUACAUUAGUAUUAGUGUCACAAUUUCACUUUAUAAUCAGAUCCCUCAAGUUCAAUGCUAUUAAUUUUUACGUGAGAAAAAUUAAGUGAUCCUUAUCACUAUUCCUAAUGGAGAAAAUUAUUUACAGUUUAAAUUAAGGUUUUUAAACCUGACUUCUCAGGUAGUAUCAACUUCUGCAUGAAAAUUGAAUUCUCGAAACAGCUUUUUUUGGGUUUGCACUGGCAAUGGAAUUAGAAACAUCACACCCUUGGCCAAAUUUGAGAGAAAGAGCAACAGUCAUGCCCUUGAGCUAACCUGCUGUGUUAAAAAAAAAUGCCGUAUAAACCUUCAGGCGUUGUUGAAUUGCUCUCGAUAAGAUACGAAUUUAUUGAGAAGGUUGUUAAUAUUUUCCUUUUAAUUUUUCAGACAGUUUUGUUUGCGAUUUAAUCUACUUUAUCUUAAAAUUUCCAUAAAAAAUAUUAACUUUCUUCCAAAAUAAAUCUUUUAUCAGAGGAAAUUUGGCAGCAGCCAAUUGUUCAUGCAUUGGUUUACUUUAGCACUGCAGCAAUGACCUUGCAGAUUCUUUGAUUUUAUAAGUUGGAGUCAUCUCUGUCUUACCAGGUUUCUUCCUUACCUGCAAUGGAUUUCAGUUCGCUAAUCGGUUGUAAUCGUCAACAGCCACCUGGAUCAAAUGUAUAGGCUACUUUUUGCUAAAUGUUAGUAGCUUUGUUCACUUAUCGCUCUAUUUUAAACUAGUCAGAUUCUUUUUCUUUCUUCUUUUUCCUCCCUCUUUUUAAUUUGAUCCUCUCCAUUGACUGCUUUAUUUGUUCUGUUUUUUGUGUGUUGUUGGGAAGCUGUUUGUAAUUGAAUUGUUUUUAAGUAAAAAGCAUCCUAAAUAGAACUGGAAUUGAAUUUUUUUGGCAUGAUUAAUUGCAGUUAAUGCCCUUUUUCUGUAUCAAUAAUUCAUUCAAGUUGUGAAGUAUGCCGCCGAAGUUCUGUGUUUUUGAGAAAUGGUGUCAAAAAUGAUCUACAUAUAAUGGCGGAAGCAAACCCUCUUAAAAUUAUGUUUGAGCUCAGUUCUCAGCAUAAAGAUGUAGAAUACGUUUUGCUGAAUAGAAAAUACAUAUAUCCAUUAACUCAACUUUUUGAACAUGAACUGAGGAUUCACCUUGAAUGUAUGUUUUAUUCUCUAAUUUUUUCUUUGAUCAUAUUUAUAAAUAAAUUCAACUUGAAUUAUGUAAUUAAUAUCUCAGUACUUCCAAAAUAUCACUAGCUCUUUGAAUCUUAACGGUUUUUUCAAAUCAUUUGUCAAAUUGACUUGUUCGUUUCAUCCCUUCCGAUUCCGUCCAAACUCAUUUGACAUAAUCAAUCACUCAAUCAGUCAUGAUGAAAUUUUUACGCAAGGACAAUAAUAGAACUGUUUAAAAAAGGAGGCUGACCUCUGUAUUUUCUGUCUCACAGAAAAGUUACAUUAAUUUAACCAAAAUUUCUUUUUGCCCAAUGUAUCACUCAAAAUUUUUUGUAAAGAUGGUGAAAUUCCCAAACCACAUAUCUUGGUUUGCCAUAUAGCAAACCUUUGGUCACAUUUUACGUUUUUAAAGAAAGCCUGAUCAUUUUUCCUAUCAAACAGUCUUCUCUCUUAAAAAUUAAAUAAAAGCGGAAAUUUUCAAAGGCUGCAAUCGUGAUCCAUGGUUUGGUACUUUCACUAUCGACAUGUCUCUGAAUCUUAUGGUCGAUACUGAAAAUAAUUACAAGGUUCAAACAUUUUAGGUUUGAAACGAGAAUAAGAUCGAAACUGGAUUGUAAAAUUCGUCUUUUUAAUUCUGAUCCGAAUUUAUUAUGAUUGUAAAAACAGCAGGUAUCAAGCUUAGUUCACCAUUAGGAUUCUUCUUGCUACCAUGAGAGGGAAUUUUAUUGGCCACCACUCUUUCCAGCAAUUAGUCUCUCUCAGGAUGACUCAAUUUAUGUGACUGUCGAAA